UCAAAGGGUUGCACAUAUGGGGCCACACUGACACUGCAGCCUGACGCUCCUGUGUGAAUCUCUGAGGACGAGCACAGAAACAUUUUACCAAAAAGGAGUGAAAUACACUGGAUGCUUAAUUUUUAUUUUAUUUUUUUUACACUUCUGCAGGAUUAUUACUUUUUCUUGAGGUUUUAGAAGAGCCUGGAAAAUGGAUAUAUACACUUUGAUUUCCGUGUUAUCAGUGAUGUGCUCCGGGAUUUUGUGCACAGUGCUAUCGGUGCCUGCUGGAGGGACUCCCACUGCCUCCAUCGCCACCCAGGGGCGCCAUGUGCGGACCAAACGCUGCUCCUGCGCCACCUUCCUGGACAAGGAGUGCGUCUACUUCUGCCACCUGGACAUCAUAUGGGUCAACACACCUGAGCGCGUGGUCUCCUACGGACUGGGCAACGCUCCCAGGACGAGGCGCGCGGUCGCGGACUCCAUGGCAACCGGCAGCGGACCCCGGUGCCAGUGCUUCCGCGAAAACGACAACACAUGCCGAAACUUCUGCCGGCUGGAAAAACACCUCAGGUAUGGGACGUUGCCAGACACGGUGAUCCGCUCAGCCGAGGGCGAUGGUUGUGUUCAGGCACAGUGCAAACACAAGCUGGCAGCCGACACGGGCAGGAUUAAGAGGAACACCUACGAGAAACAGGGGCCGCCUCUAGCGAUCGAGGCCGCCUUGAAAACCCGCCUGCUGCUGGAGAAGUGGAGGGUGAGACAGCGCCACAGGGCGAGAGCGUGGGAGGGCGAGAGCACGGCCUCCUAAAGAAGACAAGACGACCGCCGCACCUUGUCACUACAGAGGUGGUUGGUGGGAAGGGGCUUCAUGAGCAUGGGGGGCCCUUUUUCUUCUAAAAGCCAGACCUGUGGACCACAAUAGCGAGCCCACCCCACCCUCCAAAAUUAAGGCUGGCGAACUCGUGGAGGCUGCAGCGUCGUGCAGAGGUCGAGCAGAGAGAGUCUACUACUCGACUCGGUUGCACUUCAUCAGACAGAUGAAGGAGGUUCAGAGACAAGUUCAGGUGAAGGAGGACUUGGGGCUCCUGGUCCCGGUCUGCACAAAAAUCAAGGACAUUCAUUGAUCUUGUCGGUGUCAGACUCACUCCUGUGGACUCACCAAAUAGCAUUUCAACAACAACAAAAAACUUGACAUUACUGGAAGGAUAUCAUAUAAAUCCCUCUGGGACAGAACAAUGAAAACCACUGCCGUAUACAGCUGAAGGCAGUCCUGCUUAUUAUAUUUCAAAACUGCCAUUAUGUCUCUCACACAUAGAGAAGAGUCUACAUAGAAGGGAUUAUGUGCCUUGUGUCAUUCUUAUUUCCACUGACUGAAACUAUUUACUGCAUUUUAUGUAACAGGUCGCCUCCUUUACAUCAGGACACAGGUCACUGUAGCUGCUGGGAGUUUUUAAACCACAGAUGUGUUCGUGGAUUCAUCAUAAUUUAAUGUUUCUGUAUGUUGUUGCUACUACGUGUCUUUAUUUAUUCUUUUUAACGUGUUGUAAUUUGAUGGCCAUAUUGGUCCGUCACUUUUUGUUCUUUUUGUCAUUUCUGUGAAAUGUUUUGUCACCAAGGUGCCAAAUUUUGGCAUCCAAACAAAUAAAUUUUUACACACUUAUUUAAAAAAA